GAGCGACGCACGUCAUCGAGAGUCAGGGCACCAGGAGGCCGUGUUUAUCCUAUAUGCUCAAAAGUAGCACUCACAUACUGUUACAUGUAGCAAUAAGCGUGGUUCGUCACCGACAUGGGCACAAGUGAGCACUAUUGCUUAAGGUGGAAUAAUCAUCAAAACAACCUACUCGGGGUGUUCAGUCAAUUACUACGCGACGAGAGUCUCGUUGACGUUACACUCGCGUGUUCUGAAGGACAUUCAAUACGUGCACAUCGUGUUGUAUUAUCCGCGUGUUCAUCAUACUUUCAAACAUUAUUCGUUGAUCACCCUAGUCGUCAUCCUAUUGUUAUAUUAAAAGACGUUCGUUUCGCCGAAUUACGCACAUUAAUUGAAUUCAUGUAUCGUGGCGAGGUGAACGUUGAAUACUGUCAACUUUCAGCGUUACUCAAAACCGCUGAAAGUUUGAAAGUGAAAGGACUUGCCGAAAUGACAAAUUUAAGUUCAUCAACCACCGCAUCAUCGUCAAGUAUUACAUCGCCAAUAGUGCCCUCAAAUAGUGCGUCAUCAGCAGCCGGAGUGUCUGGCACACCAACAUCUACAGUGACUUCGCAACAUGAUAAUCCAACAUUACCCCCACCCUCUGCAACAUCCACGGUACGAAUGAGUGGUAGUGUAGUCGAUCAUAUCGAUCAAAGAGUGUUAUUAGAACGAGAACAUUUAGCAUUACGUGAACGCGAACGGGAAAAUCGUGAGUUACAUAUGAAUGAACGUGAUCGAAUAGACAGAGUUGGUGAACAUGUGAUGAAACAGGAACCCGUCGAUAUACCAAGUCAUCAUCAGCGUUUAAGUGCACUUGUCGAUGAUGCACAAGGUCACACGACAUCCUCGAGUACACCACCUCCUCAAUCUAGGCGACAAUGUAGUAGUGCUUCACCCCCACCACCUCAAUCACAACAAACAUCUGCAAUAAUUAAUCGGCGGAUGGGCCCAUCGUCUUCAUCGUCAGAAGAUACUGGUGGUCGUGGAAAUAAUAACGAUGAUGGUGGUAGUGGUGUUAUAUCACCACGACCACCAUUAGAUCAUCAUGAUCAAGAUAGUGUUGUAAAUUUAACUACAUCAUCGUGUUCAACCACCUCAACAGCGGAGCGAACCGCGCCAAGCGAUUUAAGUGUACAAUUACAAACGAAUAAUAAUAAUAAUUCAUCCACAAUUGGACCACCUCCUUCAUGUAGUAGUAGUAGUAGCAGGAUACCAAGUGCAUCACCAGGACACCAUCAUGAUACAGAACCUAUAGCAGGUCCUUCUGGUUUGCCACCUGUUCAGCAAGUGCCUUUGUCGUUGAAAAAGGAAGUGGAUUGGGGCGGAGGAAUGAGUGACGAAAAAUCUAUAGUGGAUCCCGACUACAGCCGACAUCCGUACGAUCAGUUUUACUUAGAUGACGAUGCGUCAAGUAGCCGUUCAUCAACCCCAUUUCCCUUUUUAUGGGGCAUGUUCGGUGCAAGUCCAUUAGAUGAUGCAUCAAGUCGUUUGCUGGGAUUGUUAAACUCACGGUUAGCAGCUGUUGCGUCUACAUCUGCGAGUGGUGCUAGCACUCCACAUGAAAUUGGUGACCAAUUUCGUUGUAUUGUAUGUUUAGCAAGUUUUCCAUCCGGGUGGCUAUUAAAGCGACACGCUAUUUUACAACAUUCAAUACUGCCCACAUCAUUAACACCCACCGAAGAGAAACCAUUUGUAUGUGAACAAUGUGGUCAAAGUUAUCGUUAUCGGUCAGCGUAUUUAAAACACCGUGAGCAAAAUCAUCGUGCCCGUUUACCAGCCGAUAAACUAUUUACCUGUGACGUGUGUGGCAUGCAAUUCCGUUAUUUAAAAUCGUUCAAAAAACAUCGUUUGAAUCAUGCAUUGGAACGUUUGCAUGGAAAGUCUUUAAACGCUGAUGGGGAAUAUUCUGGAUCAGAGAAUUUAUCACAUUUGGUGCUUGAUCGAUAUAUAGGUGAAAAAGCUUCACAAAAUGAAACUGAAAGUAAUGAAGUCACUAGUACUAUCAAUGAAGUAAUAGGUUUGGAUGACGAACAAGAUAAACCAGUUAAUUUGUCCGACGAUAAAAAAGAGGAAAUCAAAAUUAAACAAGAACUUGUCGAGGAAACAUUACCAACACAGACAGCCAAGAAAUCCGGCCAAGUUUGUGAUCAAGAUAAUACAAUUGAUUCGUUAACGUAUUCUGCUGGUAGUAGCAGCCAUCAACUUCCAUCCACAACUACUCUCCCCAUUGAUGCAUUCCAAUUAGCACAAGAAGCAUCCAUAUUAAAUUUAUUACAAGCAGAUGCAAUAGAACGUCAUCAACGCGAACGUCGUUUUGCAUGUCCAUUUUGUGGUAAAUGUGUCCGAUCCAAAGAGAAUUUAAAAUUACAUGUUCGUAAGCACACGGGUGAAAGACCAUUUGUAUGCUUAUUUUGUGGACGAGCAUUUGGUGGUAAAAGCGAUUUAACACGACAUUUACGUAUACAUACUGGUGAACGUCCAUACCAUUGUGAAGCAUGCGGAAAAUGUUUUGCACGUGCUGAUUACUUGUCCAAACAUCUGACAACGCAUAUGCAUUCGCCUCGCUGAAAUAAGCGAUAAAUCGGAUAACAAUUUAUUUAGUAAUGUUGGCUAAAUUG